GCUUUCUCAACCAGCUUCAAGUUACUACGACAGCCUCUACCCCCUCGAGGACAACAAAUAAAUUACCCUUUCAAUGGAACAAAUUUCUGCUACGCAGAAACCGAUACGAAAAUUUCAGGCUCUUGAUUCUUACAUUGAUGUUGACUUUGCUCAGCUUUUUAAUUCUGCUGUUUCUAUCUCUGAUGACAAAUUCAAAUUGAAUGGGGUAGCUGAAACCCCUGGAUCUGGUUUUGAUGAAGGCAAUGGGAAAGAAACGGGUAUUUUCACAACUACGGUGCAUAAAGCUCUUGAUGAUGAAGAAAUCGAUCCUCUGACAGUUAACACACAGCCAUUUGUGUUGACACCAGAACCUUCAUUGCCCUGUUCCAGAUCUAGUUCCAGCUCAGCAUCCAGCUCCAUAUCCACCAGCACAAAUCCAAGUCUGAAAGUCGAUAGUAAAGCUCAAACUCCAGUCAUCUCUAAAACUGGCCAUGAAAAACAAGCAUCUGGCAGUACUGUUGUUCCAGAUACCAGUAAUCUUCAACAUUCAAAUUACAAAGGAGAAAUCGUUAAUCAAAGCAACGUUGUCACCAGUCUCACCACUACUUCAGCAAUUCCAACAAUCGUCAUUCCAACAACCCGUAUUGAGCUCCGAGCACUCUACGAGAAGUAUCCCAACAUUUGCCCUAAAUUUCCUGCGCCACCGCCGGCCUUCUUCAACCGAGAUCUCAACCAACAAACAUAUUUACAAUGCGUACGAUCGUCCCCAAUCACACCGCGCAAAUAUGGCCAACCAGAUUCCCGCCGUCUCGCCGAGUCGUUUGCCUCUAGAACGCCACUCCCAACCAAAAUCCACUUGCACCCCAGAAUGGUGAAGGAGAGUUUGAGAGAAUGGUAUGAGAUGGCUGGAUUUAUGGCAAAGUGUAAACGCGAUGAACAACUCAAUCCUUAUCCACAUCUGGAUUUGAAUGCAGGAUGGAAUCGCGCACGAGUUCAGGGAGAACAAUGGCAUGAUAAUUUCAAUCCGUGGCAGAAACCUAAUACGAAGAUUUUGGAAGCGGUUCAAUUGCAGGAACAGUUUUUGAAAUUUUCGUGGGGUGAACAGGUGGAUUCAAUUGUUGUUGAUGGGGGGUUGGCAAAGGGUAUUUUUGAAAAGGUAUUUGAGGGUGUGGAUGCGGAGAAAGAGAGGAUGGCUGGACGCGGACAGAAGAGAAUGCCGGGGGCGUGGUGGGCGCAGAGAAAACGCGUCUUCUAUGAUUUGAAGGGUAGAGGGCUUAGGGAGGAGGUUCAUAUCAAGAACUGUCAGAUCUGGGAUGGCGUAAAGGUAUGGGCUGCGAAUGAAAUUGACGCAGAAUACGGAAAAUUAAAGCGAAAAAUCGAUGUCGUCGAGGCAAUGGCCGUGAAAGCAGAUGAUAUGGAGCAGACUCAGAUUGAAGAACCUAUUCCCAAGAGACACAAAGCCCGUCGUCGAAUUGCACAAGUCAUGAGCGCCGCCUGGCGAGCCAAGCGAAGAACUCAGGAAAAGAAAGCCGGUCGAUGGACAGACGGCACGCCUUUGCAAAAUCGCAUGUGGGCUGAAUUUCACUGGGUUUUAGAUGCGUCAGAUCACCGUGAUCGACGGUUUUUCGACACGCGGGACUGGCCGCGAAUGUUUGCUGAGAGGGGGUGGUUGGGCGUUUCUGUGAUGCGGGUUUGGGCCGAGUUCUAUCAUGGAUGGGGUCCGUUGCAGAGCUGGCUUUGCAGGCAUAGGCUUCAGGCGCAGAGACAGCAUACGAUAUUUUGGGAAAGGGGAGGGCAUCAGAGAAGACAGAGGCAGUGGGCUAUUGAGGGUGAGGGCGAAGUUAGACUUCCAGAUGCGAGGUUUGGGUAUGUUGGCUACCGUGGAUAGAUAGCGUUGGGGAUGGGGUAUUAUGGUGCUUUGAAGGAUUCGAAUUUUUUGGGCUAAUGCGAUGGAUGAUCAGAGCUUUCCUGAUCAUUUGGAGCAUUCAGACUCUACGAGGGUCAUUAAUAUGGUGGUAAGAUUCAAGAAACCUGACGUUCCUCGUCAAGUGGAAGAUUCGUAAGUUCGAAAUACGAAACGAAACGCGCGGUAUGACGGCAUGGCGGUUCGAAGAGAUUUGCGGUAUGCAGUUCCAUUUCUCAGGUUUCAUUUGUCAGCCAGUGAUCUUUGGCUUAAUAUCAGCUCGUAGCAAUUUGAGAAAGUCGGUUAAUUUUCUGGCAGCGAAGUAGUGAUUAACA